GCGGCUGACAGCGGGCGAUGCGCCUUUCUGUCGGCCAGGAUGCGUUUCCACGUCAUCGCCGCGGCGCUUCUCUGGGCUGCGUUUGUGGAGUCGCGGAAGAUCCGAGGGAUAUCUUCGUCCUAUAAAAGGUUCUACAGGGAGAGGAAGUCGUUUCUGUGCAUAGAUGGGUCCAAAAUGAUUCCCUUCGAGCAGGUGAACGACGACUACUGCGACUGCGCAGACGGGUCUGACGAACCAGGCACCUCGGCGUGUCCCCGCGGCCGAUUCUACUGCACCAACCUGGGUUUUAGGCCGCACUACAUCCCGUCAUCGAGAGUCAACGACGGCAUCUGCGAUUGCUGCGACGCUUCAGAUGAAUACAACAGCCACGUUCGCUGCCAGAACACUUGCUGGAAUCUGGGACAGAAGGAGCGAGCGUACGUGGAGGGUCAGAUGAAGACCUUGGAUGAGGGUUUGAGACUCAAGCAGCAGCUGAUUGAGGAGGGGGUGCUGCUCUGGAGGGAGAAACAGGCUCAGCUCAGAGAGCUUCAGCGGGCGGCCGAAGAUCUGCAGAUCAAAUUAGAGGAGCACAGGAGGAGGAAACACGAGGCUGACCGACUCAAAGAGCAAACAUUAAAGGCUCUGAAAGCUGGGGAUAAAGGUUUGAGACAUCAGAACAGCACGGUGUCGCACCUUUUCCAACUGCUGGACAGCAAUAAAGACGGCAGCAUAUCGGUGGAUGAAAUCAAGGCUAAAGUGGUGCUUGUCCAUGAUGAGAAGCGAGUUCUCUCCGAGGAUGAGGCGCUGACUUUGCUGGGCGGAGGCCAUCAAAUGGAUCUGAGCACGUUUCAAAACACGCUCUGGGACGUCCUGAUACAAGGCCAUGACUACAAGAUCAAAGACGCCCACAGUGCCCCAGGUGGUCUCAUGAGUGAAGAUCCUCACUUAAAGGCAGCUGACAGAGCUGCAGAGUGGGAGGCUACCGACUUGAAGAAGGUGGAGGAAGCCUACGAGACAGUCAACAUGGAAAUAAGUGAUCUACAGAGGAAGCUGGGGAUAGACUAUGGGACAGAUUGGGAGUAUUUGUUUCUGAAUGGCCAGUGCUACAAGCUGAAAGUGUACGAGUACAUGUAUACCCUGUGCCCGUUCAAUAUGGUCUCACAAAAGAGCUCAGCAGGAGUGGAGGUCUCAUUAGGGAAGUGGGGGAUGUGGGCAGGACCACCAAAGAACCACUACAGUCAGAUGGUGUACGAGAACGGAGAACCGUGCUGGCAGGGAGGUUCUCGCACCACUACAGUCACUCUGACGUGCGGAACGGAGACAGCCCUGCGAUUGGUGAAGGAGCCCAGCAAAUGCCAGUACACCAUGGACUUUGAGACUCCUGUGGCCUGUCAGCCGGUGCUGAAGCAGAGGGGCGUGCACAGUGAACUGUGACCUCCCCUUUCCUUUGCCACCUUAGCCUGGAAUAACUUGGACCCCUGCCCUUGUUGGUUUGCCCAUAGUGACAGGCCGGGGUCCUGAGGGUCCCCUCUGACAUCUGUGUUGUCAGAACAUAUAUACUUCUAAGCAAGUUUGACUGAGGUCAGAAAGUAUUUUUCUGUAAUGAUGUUCCAUGAACACUGUCUGUAGUUCGCAUAGACUGUUACUUUGCUACUUUAUUCCCAAUCUGUGUUUCCGUGUAGAACCUACUGUCAAAUUUAUGGGACGGAAACAUUUUGUGAAAUGGCUCGGGUUUCAUUAUAAGGUAGAGCAAUAUGCCAAUGUGAAAAUGACUGCAUAAAGGGAGCCUAGUUCAGGCUACAAUGUCAGAGAAUGGGAGGAUAGCCCUGUGAAAUCAACGGCUGCUUUAAAUGGCAGCUCUAGCGCUCAUCUUGAUUUUAGUGUCCAGUUAGAGAUAUUGAAAUCUAUAUAUAUGAAAUAGUUGUGUUUAAAAAUCACCAAAAAAAAAAAGACCAAAAUCAUCAUGAUCACAGAUUUUAUUUUUAUGUGAAAGGACUGAAAUUUCUAGGAUUUUCAGUCCUUUUUUAGUCAAUUUCAAAGUAUUAAUAUAGUAUAAAGUAUAAAAAUGUUACAUGUUUGGACCAAAGUUAAUAACUUUGGUUUGCGUAAUUCUAUUUUGUAGGCCUCAUUUUGGGCAUCUAGACAAUGCUGUUUGGGUUUUUUUAGUGACCAAUAAGGCCUCGGUGUUCACCAAUCAUUCAGAGCACAUAUGCCCUAUAAAGUUCCCAUGAAAAACUAAAUCCCAUCUUUAAAAAAAAAAAAUGAAAACAAACAUGCAGGUCACUUGGUUUUCCAGCUGCAAUAUGCUAAUUAGACUGCUUAGUCUCCACACAUGUAUUUAGAUCAGCUGUCUUAAAAAUAAAAGUGAAAAAAAAAGCUUUCAUUUGACAUUAGUUUAACCUAUUUCUGUGUGCCGAGCCGGUAGAUCGUGUUCAAUUUGCCGUAAAUGGGGAUUUCUGUCUUCGGAAGAUCAAACUCUAAACUAGUACCUCUGUGGCAGUUACAUAUUUACAUCUUUAAUGAGAACAAAUGUCCUGGGAGCCACUAGGGAAGGCCAGAAAGUAUUCAGGGAUGUAGUGUGUUCAACACAAACACUACUCAAUAUGUACUUCAGUCGCAUCCUUUAAGUAUUAUUUUCUAUCCCAUUUACACCGAACAGACAUUUGUAUUAACUGUCUAUUUGAGAAAGUGAUUAAAUUACUCAUGAAAGGA